AUGCGAGAGACGACGACAGACCGAUUACUCACGGGUUCAAAGUUCAGCCAAUUUAACCGAGUUGACGUCAGAGACGCUCGUUCACCAGUUGGCACACGUUCCACGGUGUACGACGCGGUGCAACGCGAGUGCGAAGGGAAAGGUAUCGACCAGUGGGGAUGCGUUUCCGCAGAAGCUGAUACUCGUCGUGAUAAUCGGUGUUUCGACGAGAAUGAUAAUACGAGUGGCGCGUAUGGGAAAUAUCUUAACUGGAUCGCUAAUGCACACACGGGGAGACGGACCUCUGCAAAUGGGGAUAAUCUGCAGACGAUGCUUUUGUGCGGGCGGCUCGCAUUGAAAUCCGGUCUGGAGGGGCCGGCCUCGUUUGUACCUGCGCAAAUCAAAUGGAUUAACUCGUUUACGGCUCAUCCGUUUCCACGCAAAGCUCUUUCCACGUGGAUUAAUCACGCGUCGAAGACAGACGAGCCAACGCCGCCGCCUCCACAUUAUCCCUCAUCAUCUUAA